AUGUCCUUCCGCACCGCCUCGCGCACUUGCGCACGCCAGGCACGGCAAGCCUUUGCCAUGGCUCUCGGCCCGCACAACACCAGAGCUGGAAUUUCCACGGCACUGAGCGCCGCACCGUCGACGCGGGUGUCGUGCCGUCCAGCAAGCAUUGUCAGCGAGCACGCCCGUUACUUCAGCAGUAAGCGUAUUGCAGACGAGAAGAUCGACGAGAUCCAGGAGCUCUACGCAACCGCCAAGGACGAAUUUGAGAUCGCAGCUGAAGAGACCGAGGGCAACACCGUCUACGCCGCCGACGACCGUGCGGCGGCGAGGGAGGCGCUCGACGAGCUGAAGGCGGCUUACGAGGCCGUGGUCGGUGGAGAUAACAGGGAGGUUGGGGAGGAGGUCAAGCGGCGGAUAGGGCAGAGGAUCAGGGAGCUUGACAAUGCCGUGGUGGCGCUGGAAGAGGCUGCAUCGCACGGCGACUAG